CAACGAAAAGAGCCGAAGACAUUGGCUCGGUCAUGUGAUCAGCUGUGUCCAAUCACAGCUGAUCUCAUGGGACAUGUACACUGAUCAUUAGGGCACUGAAGAUCAGUGUGCCCUGAUGAUCAGUGUUGCCCCAGCAGUGCCACCUGUCAGUGCCCAUCAGUGCCACAUCAAUGCCACAUAUCAGUGCCUAUUUGAGCUGCCUUUCAGUGCCACCUAUCAGUGCCAGUCAUUGCCAUCCAUGAAUGCCUGUCAGUGCCACCUAUCAGACCUGUCAAUCCGUGCCACCUCUCAGUGCCAGUCAGUGCCACCUAUCAGUGUGCAUCAGUGCCGCCUAUCA